GGUUUCUCAUCCAAAGCAAAUUAAAUUAAAUCAACUUACACACACAUAUAUAUCCUAUUCUCACCAGUUCAUUGAAAUCAUGGCCUCAUCAUCAAGAAGAUCAAUCAUGGCCUCAUUCCUUGUUGCUCUUAUCACCUUGUCAAGCAUGAACAUGAGCCUAGCAGCUCGCCAUCUCUUGCAAACAAGUGCAAUACCCAAUUUGCCCCCUGGCAUCAACAUUCCAACCUUGCCAAAACCAACAGCAACAUUGCCACCUCUGCCCUCAAUUCCAACAUUGCCCUCAAUUCAGGGAAAUGUUCCUCCAUUGCCCACCAUACCAUCACUGCCACAGCCAUCAUCAUCGCUACCGAAGCCGGCGACGACUUUGCCUCCUCUUCCUGCUGGCAUCCCUACCAUCCCAACAACAGUCCCACAAAUGAGCCUUCCACCAUUGCCAAACAUGCCCUCAAUCCCAACCACCAUUCCCUCCAUUCCCUUCUUCUCCCCACCACCUUCACCUUCUGCGCAUUAAUUCAAAUAUUUCAUUUCUUACAUGCAAUAUGGAUGGUAUUCCUUACGCAUGGGGCUAUGCAUGUGAGAGUAUUAGAGUUUUAUGAUUGAUGUUAUCAUUAUUGUUAUAUCUUUGUUGUUUAAUUUGGUGUGAGAAACAGUGUGUUCCUCUUUUUAAUUUCAUGAGUUUAUUAUAUUGGUAUUGCUUUUGUACUUUUCUCUUAUACAUCAUUAAUUAUAUUUAGAUUAUGGCUUUAUUAUC